UCUUCUACAAUUUCAAAUCCCAGCCCCGUUGAGGAUUCGUUUCGCCAUUCACCCACCAAUUCCAAAUCUUCUCCCUCGCUCCUCUUCCCAAGAGCGGGCUAACCCUAAUUAAAUUCAAACUCGAAAUUCCAAUUCCGCAGAUUCACAGGAACCAUCACACUUCAUUCCCAGAACAAAAAAAAUCUUGGGUUUUUGCGAGUAAAGCCAAAGCUGAAAUCUUUAAUUUGAAUUGUGUGCUUGAGCGGGGGUUUGGUGGGAUGGGUAAUUAAUGGACGAUAAAUGUGGCAUUGCUGAUAUGUCUCCAAGGGUCAUGGUUGGGCAGAAGAGAGGAAUUGCAGAAGUGGAAGAAAGAUCUCAGCUUUCUAACAGGAAGGUGAAAAUGAGGGAUCUUGAAUCUGUGUUUCGCUCUGAAGCAGAAAGAUAUGGAAUGGAAAAUGUAGGUGUUGUGGCUGAGCAUACUCAUGAACCGCUUGAUCUUAUUGCAACUGUUGGUGCUUCAAGCGUUGCGGUUAGUAGCUCUUCUGCAGCGUGUGUUGACGAAGAAGCUAGAAGAGAGGGUUUGUGUAAGAUGGACAGGAUGGGGCACGAGUCUGAUUCGGGAAAGCCAAGAGGAUUGGGUUUAGAUCUAAACGCAGAAGAUGUUUCUAGCUCGAUCAAUCAUGCUGCUUUUUGUUAUCCCCACAAAGAUGGUGGAUGUGGGAAACCAAGUGAUGAUUUUGAAUGUGCAAGCUCUGUUGGACCGAUGGAGGAGAGAGAUUCGUUGAAGGUGUGGAACGAAAUGAAACAGAAUGGUUUUCUCUCGUAUUCUCAUGGUGGUGUGCCAAUACCGAAGGCACAUGGGAAGAAGAAUAAGAAUGACGGGAUGAAGAAAAAGAUAGAACUCGCUAAGAAAGAACGAGUAGAUAGGUUUGCAAAGAUUGCUGCGCCUACUGGGUUGUUAAACGGAUUGAACCCCGGGAUCAUUAACCAUGUCAGAAACAGCAAACAGGUUCAUUCCAUAAUCGAAGCCCUUGUGAGAUCCGAGAAACAUGAAAACCGUCGUGCUGGGGGCAAACACGCAAGCCAACCAAAAAGUGGGGAACGAAAGGAGGUAGAAUUAGAAAAUCAGUGUGGUGCAGGGAUAAAUCGAUCUAGUUCUUGUUAUCAAGAAGGAUAUUCCAACACUCUGUCAUCAAGCGGGCAUAUCGGUGGUUACUCAGCAUCGCUAAACCGAUCUAUCUCUUUGAACUCGGAGUUCACAGGAGCAGGUGGUGAUUUAUGUAUGACUGAGGCAAAGGUUUCCGAAAGAACAAAUUAUCUCCCAAAAGCUUGCACGGACUCUAAGGACGAUGUUCUUGCAUUGAAGUUGUCAUCAGCCACCGCUAUCGUCUCAGAUAACACUAGCUCGUUAUCGAAUGAUGAGUCUGCAAACCUAAGUAGCGUUAAUUCACUCUCUGUCAAAGCUGCCAAUGUGGCUUCGCAAUGGUUGGAAUUGCUCCAUCAAGACAUCAAAGGGCGUCUUGCAGCAUUGAAACGCAGUAGGAAGAGAGUCCGGGCUGUUAUUCAGACAGAAUUCCCAUGCCUAGUCUCGAGAGAGUUUUCUUCUAAUCAAGAAAACGAGCCAUAUAGCUCCCAAGGUUCGAUUGUUGGCCAAUUUGACAAACCCACUGCAGAUGCGCAUCAUGCUAGAUGGAGUUCUUUGUUCGACCAGAUGGAUCGAGCUUUAUCUGAAGAAGAGAGACAGCUGGAAUGCUGGCAGAAAGAAGUGCGGGAAAUGCAGCUGCAAUGCGAGAAGGGGCUUGUCAAAUACAACAUGCCUUGCGUUUUGCCUCAGAUCGCUGCAUUACAAAACGACUUCAGAUUGGAGAAAGACGCGGAGAGGGAUUUAGCGGUUAGAGCUGCUGCAGCCUCCAUUUAUUCGACCUGCAGCUUCCUGUCAUCCAUGGAGAACACGCCAUGUUUCUGAUCAUUCUAACUGCAACUUGUCAGUGUACUGAUUCAUUAAUCUUCUAAUCUUUUUUGUGUAUUUUCGAUUUCCUUUGAGUUCCAUUGAUCCUCUCAUUACUUUCUUGCAUAGCAAUCAGAGAUUUUAAUUGAGUUUUCAUUCAUCUUCUCAGUACUCUUUGGCUGUAACUUGCUGUUAUUAGCAAAUGGUAGUUGUUGACUUGUUUCUCAGUAGUUUGAGAAUUUGCAGUAACUAUUCAGUUCCUUGAAUAUAAAUGUUCUCUUACCACCA